AGUUGUAGCUUCCGCUUGUCGAACACUUAUCAACUAAUUAUCAACUACCUAGGUUAGGGUACUAUGUAACAUCCUUUAUCAUCAAGGUUUCCUUUCGCCUCCCCUGGCGUCACUUUCCCCAGAUCAUGGUUAUACCUAUUUACAAGUACCCGUAGCAACUCGUACAUUCAUGCCACCAUAUCACAUAAACCGUUUCCACAGAAUUGGCGAGGAUGGCCGAUUUCAGUUGGUUGCGGCUAGGGCAGCAUUCUCGAACACCUACCACACCCCGAUCGUCAAUAUCGCCUGAGCGUGGUCCAACUCAAGGUCCUAGCCAUCUGAGUCUUGCCACUCAUACUUCAUUCUCGCCCGAUCCCUUGACAUCCGGUAACGAGGCCGGCUUGUUCUUGCGCGAGCGGGAUAAGAUAUGGUAUAAUCCAUCGCUAGACCAGAUGGUUGAGACCCUCCAAGUUGUGAUGAUGACUCAUGGCAUACUAAAGCCCAUCCCUAUCGAGUACAACUCGUAUGUCUUACACCUUAUCGAAGGAUUCGCCAAUUCCCAGGAGCGCAUUCAGGUUGCUGAGGCCGCCCGCACUGAAGCAAAGCACUCUCUUGAACACCACCUCGAACAUUUCCAGUCGAUGGCCGAUGAGUGGCUGGAACGUGAAGGCCAGUACAAAUCCGAGAUCAAGAGGCUCGAGGUGCUACUAUCAAGAACAUCCCGCGAUGGGCUAGAAGCAGUCACCAUAGCUAGGACUAACAGCGUAGUUGACAGAGAUGGGCCACGGGCGAAGCAAUUCGUCUCCAAACUCAAGCAUAUAAGCACCCACACCACCCAAGACACAUCUACAAGUCCACUUAGGGGGAUAGAUAGGCGUGGUCCUCAGCCUACAAUAGCUAAGAUCCUGGACAAGAACAAUGACUUCCUCAUGAGUGAGAAGAUACGGAAACAAGAUGCUACGACCAACGCUGCUAUGGUCUACCCCAGAGACAGCCACUCUUUUCGGAUGAGGUUUCUAGCAGAUCAAGUAUAGAUAGCAAAAUGGGCAGGGAGCUAGACCAGCCUUUGGCACAGAGGCAAAUAUUACAAGACUUGCUCGACUGCAAAGCACCCUACAGUAAUGGCAUGGACCAAUAUACUUGGCCAAAAUUGGAAAACCACGGCCAGGUUGCCGAGGUAUCUGAGAGCACAGAUGCGUACGGCUUGGACUCACGUCGCUUGCGAGGCCCUUCCAGAUUCUCUUUCGUACCUGGAGACGACGCAAUCCCCUUCUUUGCGGGUGGUGAGGAGGGGGAGGAGAGAGACGAUGAUGGAAUAUUGCAGGAUGCGCACAGUGCAUCUCAGCCGAUAGAGGGCUCAGCAGAGAGAGGGGAAGAGCUGCCCGAGCCAAGCGGUGGCACCGCAGCGGCCCAGUCGACAAGGCGACCAAGGACAGAAAAUAGAUGUUCGUCAGCGAAAACAGGGGCUGGUUCAGAGAAUAGCUGCCCGAGUAGCAUGGACACAGCGAUCCGAGUACCUAGAGGGACACCUAGAGGGAC